AUGCUGCGCUAUCUGCCGGGACUGCUCCUGCUGCUCUGGCAGCUGCUGCUGCUGCCACCCCCCGCCGUCCCCGGCCCUCUGGACCGCCCCGGCUUCCUGAGGUUGGGGACCCGCGGCCCAGGGGGUAGCCCCGGACGCCGUCCCGCUCCGGCCGCCCCCACCGGCACGCCCAAUUCUGGGGCCGGCCAGCUCGGCGGGGCCCGCGGCGCAGGUGUUUGCAAGAGCAUGCCCUUGGACUUGGUGUUCAUCAUUGAUAGUUCUCGUAGUGUGCGGCCUCCGGAGUUCAGCAAAGUAAAAACCUUUGUCUCGCGGGUAAUUGACACUCUGGACAUCGGGCCGGCGGACACGCGGGUGGCAGUGGUCAACUAUGCCAGCACCGUGAAGAUCGAGUUCCAUCUCCAGACCCACUCGGAUAAGCAGUCCCUGAAACAGGCCGUGGCGCGGAUCACACCCUUGUCCACAGGCACCAUGUCGGGCCUGGCCAUCCAGACAGCGAUGGACGAAGCCUUCACAGUGGAGGCAGGAGCUCGGGGACCCGCUUCCCACAUCCCUAAGGUGGCCAUCAUCGUGACAGAUGGGCGGCCCCAGGAUCAGGUGAACGAGGUGGCGGCUCGGGCCCAGGCAUCCGGUAUUGAGCUGUACGCCGUGGGCGUGGACCGGGCAGACAUGGAGUCUCUCAGGAUGAUGGCCAGUGAGCCCCUGGACGAGCACGUUUUCUAUGUGGAGACCUAUGGGGUCAUUGAGAAACUUUCCUCUAGAUUCCAGGAAACCUUUUGCGCUCUGGACCCAUGCGCGCUGGGCACACACCAGUGCCAGCAUGUGUGUGUCAGUGACGGGGAAGGAAAGCACCACUGUGAGUGCAGCCAAGGAUACUCCUUGAAUGCCGAUAAGAAGACGUGUUCAGUUAUUGAUAAGUGUGCUCUUAACACUCACGGCUGUGAACACAUCUGUGUGAACGACAGAACUGGCUCUUAUCAUUGUGAGUGCUAUGAAGGUUAUACCUUAAAUGAAGACAGGAAAACAUGUUCGGCUCAAGAUCAGUGUGCUUUGGGCACACACAGCUGUCAGCACAUUUGUGUGAAUGACAGAGCUGGGUCUCAUCACUGUGAAUGCUACGAGGGCUACACUCUGAAUGAAGAUAAAAAAACAUGUUCAGUUCGUAACCAGUGUGCACUGGGCUCGCAUGGGUGCCAGCACAUCUGUGUGAAUGACGGGGCCGCGGCUUACCACUGCGAUUGUUAUACUGGCUACACCUUGAAUGAAGACAAGAAGACAUGUUCAGCCAUUGCAGAAGCACGAAGACUCAUCUCCACAGAAGAUGCUUGUGCAUGUGAAGCCACACUGGCAUUCCAGGAUAAGGUCAGCUCGUAUCUGCAGAGACUGAACACCAAGCUUGAUGACAUUUUGGAGAAGUUGCAAGCAAAUGAAUAUGGACAAAUACAUCGUUAAAUUCCUCACAUUUUUUACCUGGAAAUAUGAAGCAUUUGGUGUAUUUAAUACUUUGGCAUACUCCAGUGUUCCUGCUAGUAAUCUGCCAUUACCAAUGCUUUAAUGUUACUGGAUAAAUAGUAUGACGAUCUUCUGGAGAAUGUGUAUCAUUUUUCUAAGGAAAUAAAUGUCCCUUAUUCAGAGCAAAUUUUAGUGUCUCUAAGCUAUGACUGUGAAAUGGUAGGAAACAGAAUGAAAAGUUUCAUAAUUUCUUUCUUUCUUUACUAAUUGUAGCCAUUUAAUUUUGAAAUGUUUAUAUUAGUAAGAUAACCAGGCUUAAAAUGCGAACUUUUGAUCUGUUUUCUUGAUAGUAUUUAUAGUGUAAACCAGUCUUGUUACUUUAGAGUGUAAAUUGUACAGGGUAUUUACACAUAAAAAGUUCAUAUAAUUAAAUUGAGAUGAAUACAAUUUAGAACUGUAUCUUUAUCACUUUUUGUUUUUUUCUCAUUUUUUGCCAGAGUAUUGUUGAAGCUGUGAUCAGGAGAUUGUAAUACACAUACCUAAAUAUAGUU